AAUUCUGAUUUUCACGAAAUUCAUGAGAGCUGUCCUCUCUCGUCUCCUUCCCCUCUCUCAGAUCGGAACGUCCUCGGAGAUCACAGCAAUCGUAGAGUCCCACAAAUUUUUGAAUAUACAUGAAUGUGCUCGUCUCCGGCACAGCCAUUAACUAAGGCGACGAGUUGAUGUGCUUAGAGAAUUUUAGAUUGUGCUCCUUGUUAAUGUCCAAAUCUUCGAUGAGGUGGUCUUGGAUAUUCUUUCAAUUCGUUUUCCUCCAUUGUUUUACCACAAUUUCAGCAAUCAGGAAGGAUAUUGGAUUGCAAGAUAAGCGAAUUUGUAGAACUACAAUUCAAGGAAGAUAUUUGCUAUCUGACGAUAAUGGCCAUGUAUGUGAUGCUUUAUCAGUGGAUCCCUCAUCCCGCUGCUGUCCUCAAAGGGGAGAGAAAUUCUCUUGUCAUGGUUGCAAUCUUAUCUCACGGUGUUGCAAUUCUUAUGAGUUUUGUGUUACGUGCUGCCUGAAUCCUGCACGGACAAGAAGGGAACAAAUAUUGAAGGUGAAGAUAGCUAAACCGGCCACUGCAGCAACUUAUGCUGGUGUAUUUGAUUUCUGUACUGCAAGGUGCCGUCAUAAUUCUGAAAGUCUGGUCCAUGAGAAUGCUUAUCUUAGCGAUUUCCACCAUUGCUUUUCUCAGCCUUCAAAUUCUUCAGGGGCAGCUAUCAUGAACAUUGACGCAAGACUAGCUGGUAUCAAUGUAAUUGUUGGAAAGCAAGGCGAAUCGUGUGAUUCAGUUUGCAAGUCAAAUGGACAAUCAUGUGUCCUAAACAAGCUUUUGGUACUUAAUCAGUGUGAUAUGAUGCAGAAAUUUUUGGGUUGCAAAAGCGCAUGUUUAGCAAGCGUUGGAGUGGACCAGCCUGCUGAAGUUGUUGAUGAUGCUCCGAAACAUUUGAAUCCAGGAGCAUGCUUAUAUACUCAGACCCAUUCAGUGCUUUCUUGUGAUGGUUCGCAUCGUCAUACCAAGAGACUCUGUCCCUGUGCAUAGGGGUCUAUUUGGAAAAUGCCAUGAGGAUUUCCGCACUAGGUGACCCAGUAAAUUUUGGGAGCUUGACUUCAUUGUCGCGUGGCCCUUAAGGCAGGAGGACUAGAACCCAUGCGGCUUUCAAGGCAAGGGACCUUGCCAUCUAAGGCUAGGACUUUUUCCCUUGAUUUGUUAACACCUUACAAGGAAAAAGAGUUCUGUAGACAAGUUUUUGGUUUGUAAACUUUCCUUUUAAGAUCAUGUAUCUGCAUAUACAAUAGCAAUAAUUGUUCGUCUCCAUAGUC